GACAUCUCCUCUCCUUAUAUACGCUCACGGCUCACGUAUCCACCUAAUCACCUGGUACCUAGCUACCUACUCGUCACCAUCACCUAGGACGACGACCAAGCUGCAGCGGUGAGAGCAACGCAGGCUAGCUUGUUGCGGCAUGGCGUCGUCGAUGGCGGUGGCGCAGGCGGACGACGCGGUCGGGCUCGGGCCACGGAAGGGCGGUACCGGGGGCGGGGGCACGACGCCGCCUCCCACGCACCAGCAGCAGCAGCCCCCGCCGCCGCCGCCGGAACAGGUGCUCAGGUGCCCGCGCUGCGACUCGCCCAACACCAAGUUCUGCUACUACAACAACUACAGCCUCUCGCAGCCGCGCCAUUUCUGCAAGACGUGCCGAAGGUACUGGACCAAGGGCGGCGCGCUCCGCAACGUCCCCGUCGGCGGAGGCUGCCGCAAGAACAAGCGCUCGCGCUCCGCUGCAGUCUCCUCUGCCGCCGUUGCCGCGGCCUCCGCGCGCCUCUCGCUUAACAUGCCGGUGGAGGGUAUCGGCGCAGCGGGCGACCAGCAGGCAGCGUCCGCCUCAAGGCAGCUGGGCUUUCUUGGCGGCGGCCCUGCGGCUGACUACCGAGCCGCCGUUGGGAUUAUGGCGCUGCCACGGCUCCACGCGCCGGCCGUCGGCCAGUACGUGCCGUUCGGGGAGUGGCCAUCAGGGGCGGUGGACAUCGUCGGCGGCGGCGUGAACGGCAGCAGCGGCCACGCGAUGAACGGGGCGCACGCCGGGGCGGUGAGCAGCAGCAUCGCGUCGUCCAUCGAGUCGCUGAGCUUCAUCAACCAGGACCUGCACUGGAAGCUGCAGCAGCAGCGGCUCGCCACCAUGUUCCUCGGCCCGUCGAGCUCCGCUGUGGCCCAAGCCGACGGCGCAGCAGCAGCAACAGCGCAUGUCGGCGGCGCCUUCUUGCAUAUGGCGGGGGCCGGUAUGGAGGCCGUGCCGCCGACGACGUCGUGGUUCAUGGACAGCUCCUACGUGUUCCCUUCCCCGCCCCCGCCUGAGAAUACAGCUGCGGCCAUAACCAACACCACCACCACCUGCAACAUCAACAGUGGCCGAAGUAGCUGCGAUGACAACAACGCAACGUCGAACAACAACUGCGGCAGCGCAAUCCCGGCGUGGGGCGACAUGUCGACAUUCGCGAUGCUGCCGUAAGCAGUUGAUGAUGCCGAAGAGGAAGGCUGAUUCCGAAGGAAUUGAGCAAAGUAGCAUGUAUGCAUGCAGAGCUAAUUUGUUGUCAAUUAACUAGCCGUCUCUAACUAGGUUCAGAUAUAUUGAUCAAUCAUAUUGUGUGGUAUAUUUGUCAAAACAUUCUAAUCGAGACAAUUAACCAUGUAUCAUGUCAUGGUCUUUCUUUUCUUUUACUUUUCA